AUGGAUGCCUUCAUAUCCCGCAAAAGACGGCGCAUCUCGUCACCACCACGGGCUGAGACUGCCCUCUCUGAACUUCCAUCACGCUGUUUGAGCGAAGAUGACGAGGAGGAGUCGACAGAUGUAAAACUGGCUAUCCUGUCCUCUUUAUACCCGGACAGGACGCACGAUGACCUACUCGAAGUCCUCCUCUGCCAUGACGGUUCAGUCACACUCGCUCUGGACUCUCUGUCCGCAACGAAGUCCCCAACAAAGCGCAGACUCACAACGCCUGGGCUACAAAGCGCACUCCCCUUCUCUUCCACGAGCAAUAAAUCCCCCUCCAAGCAGCAGUUGACAAAAAAGGGCAGAACCCUCCAUCUCUACACGCCUGAGGACAUUUCCAAUCACACGCCGUGUUCCAUCGUCCACAACUUCCUCCCGCCUGAUCUAGCCAAUGCCCUCCUCGAAGAACUUCUUGCCGAAGUCCCAAGCUACGAGUCGAUCUCGUUUAAGAUCUUCGACAAUGUAGUGAAGUCACCGCACACAGCCUGUUUCUAUGUCGAUUCCCUUGCCGAUAUCCACCGUCAGCGAUCGGAAUAUUACUACAAUGGCAACGACCUAGGCGACAUUCGCCAGAUCCUCCCAGUCAUGCAGCGAGUGAAGGUCCUGGUGCGCGAUGCCGUCAAUGAACAAAUAGCUAUACGGAUCCGCGAUUUUUAUAUGGACGGCAAGAAGCUCAAAUACCAAACCCCGCAACCCUGGCAGCCCAACGCAGCAUUUGUCAACUGCUACGAUGGUGGCGCUCAGCAUGUAGGCUACCACUCCGAUCAGCUUUCCUACCUUGGUCCCAGGGCCGUGAUAGGCAGUCUAUCCCUCGGCGUGGCUCGCGAGUUUCGCGUGCGCAAAAUCGUACCUAAAGACGAGGAGAAUCCGGAUCUGGCAGCGGACGUCUCUGGCCAGAUUGCCAUCCACCUCCCUCACAAUUCGCUACUGGUCAUGCACGCCGAGAUGCAAGAGGAGUGGAAACAUAGCAUUGCACCAGCGCAAGUUGUCACGCCACACCCCGUCGCGGGCAACAAGAGGAUCAACAUUACAUAUCGAUGGUACAGGGAGGAAUUCCGGCCCAAAUACACGCCCAAAUGUCGGUGUAAUGUCCCGUGCGUUCUGAAGGUCGUGCAGAAGCAGAAGGCGAAUAGAGGUCGGUACAUGUGGAUGUGUCAGGUCGGCAAUAAGCCUGAUGGGGGUGAAGGGUGCGGAUAUUUUGAAUGGGCCAAGUUCACUGACGAUGGGGUCCCUUUGGGGUGGAAGCCUCGAGAUCCAGUCGAAGGUCAGAGUGCGCGCGUCACAGACAAGUCUGAGAUUCGAGGAGCCGGUGAUGUUAGCAUCACGAAAGAGAGUUCUGGCCCAGCAUUGGCCACCACCGCUCAAAGAUGA